AAAAAAAUAUGGCUAGCAAUAGCAGCCGUAUUUCAUUUAAUCGACACGUAUAUGCACAAACAAAUCUUUCGAUUCGCUCUAUAUGCAGCCUCCAGGGACCACAAAGACACACCCACGCUCAUGGCAGUCAAAAUAUCAUUCAACUUUGUAUUCAUAAAGCUUUCAGUAUACAGUAGCCCACCAGAACUAGAGCACUAACCAAAUUGUCUGACGAGAAAACAACAUUGCUGUAUGCUCGUAUAAUAUUCGUCAUUCAAAAUAAUCUAGGAUCGAUUUAACAAUUCGCUUGAGAUUACGAUGAGGAGGAUGGAGAAUUCCGCGACAUCGGAGACGGCAGGGGAGAAAUCGUCGGGACCCACCAAGUCAGUCGUGUUCGUGUUCGGUUGUACGGGUAAUGUCGGCGGCGCCACGAUCAGAGCCCUGUCUGCUCAGUUUGGGGAUACGUUGGAUAUCAGGGCCGGUGUUCGGGAAUCGAGUAUGGAAAAGGCAUCUUCUCUUCGACAGCUGAAAGGUGUCACUGUGGUUUCUGCACAGAUGGGUGAUAAAGAUAGCCUAACAUCGACUCUAAAAGGUGUCGAUGUCAUCUUCGUGACCGUCCCACCCACGGAAGAUCGAGCCGACCUCAGCGUCCGGUCCAUGGAAGCAGGCAAGGAAGCCGGCGUCAAACAUGUCGUCGUCAUCAGUGUUCCACCAGUAGAUCUCGAUGUCUUGUUUGGUCGACAAUGCAAGGCUAUUGAAACAGGAACGAAAUCUCUCGGCCUCCCGUACACAAUCCUACGAGUGCCGAUUUUCGUCGACAACCUAUUCAUGGCGAGAGACGGAAUCGUUGGUCAGUCUAAGAUCUACGCUGCGAUGGAAUCAGAUAAACCCUACUGUCCUGUCCUGGUCAGUGAUAUCGGUGAUGCUGUCGCGACGAUCAUGGCGUCGUAUGAGAAACACGCAAAUAUGACUUACACCAUAACAAGCACCCGGUUCACACAUAGAGAGCUCGCCAAACUCUUCAGUGAGGCAUUGGGUCGGGAGAUCGUGCACGAACACGUACCGUACGAGGCAGGCAAGCAAGCUUUCAUGGGGGUUGGAAUGGCCGAGUGGCAAGCUGACGGCGCCAUGGAGCUGUACCGACUCGUCAACGAAGGGUCGCCGGCUGCCGACAUCGCUGACAUGGGAGAUUUUAAGAGGAUCACGGGCAAAGAACCAACGGAUAUCAAGACUUGGGUCGACAACGUCAAAGAUGCCUUCAAAUAGACUGGAUAAAGUUGCCAAUUAAUGGCAGAUAGUCUGAGGGGAAUGUGACAUUAUUAAUCAAAUAGAAUGCCCAUGACAAAUUUUUUUGCGGAUGUUUCUGCAUUUCUUUAAAAAUCAAAUACAAAAUAUUCAAACAAUAGUAUAGUUUAUAACAUAAUUUGAAGUUGGAAGUUGGAAGAAAGAAAGGAAAAGAAAAAGAAAAUUGCAAGUGUGUGUAUGCAGGUGAAGUAAGGGAGUGUUCUAUUCGUUUUGUUCAUGAGUGGUCAUCUUAAAUUAAUUUAUAUUAACAAAAAACGACUGAAUAAAUUUGUUAAGACCAAUAUACAUUUUGUAUGAAUAUUUGGAUAUCACAUAUUUUUAAUAUUAUUAGGAGGUAGAAUCUCAUUGGAAAUUAACUUUUAAUUAGCUUCUACGUGUGAUACUGCCAAUACUUACAAUCUCUCUGUUGUAUAUUUGAUGAUGUACAAUUAUGUUCAGGUUUACCUGAAUAUGGAAAUCAAUCAAUAUUAAAAAAAUAAUCUACUGCGAAUUGCUGUCGCUUUUCUGCCAUAAGUUGAUAUUGGCUGUAGCCUAAUGACAUUGUUCUGGUAUUUCAUUUAAAGUUUUCAUUCCAUUAAAAUCAUGAUCAUUUCAAGAAAA